AACAUGUUGACACCCGGUGCAGCUACAUGACAGCGCGGCGCUCAUUCUGUGUUUUCUAGCAAUUUAACCAGCCUAUGACCUUCGAAUAAACAUGUAUCACAGGUAGACCACUUGCAGGCAUUCCUUGAACACCUAUGAUGUCAUCAGCCUGUAGUACAGGGGCCCCUGCAGGUGGAGGAGGAAGUGUUGUCAUGGAGACUUCAAACUUUGCCCAUGUCAUCUUCCAGAAUGUUGGAAAGAGCUUCCUCCCUCAGGCAGCUCUUGAAUGUCAUUUCACACUCACCCCUUUCAUCAAUCCUCAUCCCAAAGACUGGGUUGGCAUCUUUAAGGUGGGCUGGAGCAGUGCGAGAGACUACUAUACAUUCCUCUGGUCUCCCAUGCCUGAAAACUACACGGAGGGAUCCACUGUUCACCGAACCAUCAUCUUUCAGGGUUAUUACGUUCCCCGUAGUGAUGGAGAAUUUUAUCAGUUCUGCUAUGUCACACACACGGGCGAAAUCAGAGGUGCGAGCACGCCAUUUCAAUUCCGCCCAGCCACGCCCACUGGGGAGGAGCUACUGACAGUGGAGGAUGAUGGGAACUCAGACAUACUGGUGGUGACUACAAAGACUGGACUACUUGAGCAGCGUGUAGAGGAAGUUCAAGAGGAGUGUAGAGAACUGCAGAAAGCCCUGCGCCUCCUCACACAGGAGAGAGAUCAGCUACAGGAGAGACAGAUACAACAGAACCAGUGGCAGGAGCUGCAGAAAGGCCUGCGUGAGGAGGAGGCGGCUGCUCAGGCCAGAGUGAAACAGCUUGAACAAGAUCUGCUAGAAGUCACGCAAAAAGCUGUUCUUAAAGAGACCGAACUGGAUUGUUUGAGAGACAGUUUGCAGAAGGUGAUAUCUGAGAGGGACAGUUGGCAAACUCAGCUGAAGAAUGAGAGAGAUGAGAGAGAACUUUACAAAUCUUAUGUGCGCAGCACGGAACUGGAGAACACAAAACUCAGCGCAGAGCUGCAGAUGCUGAAGGCAGUGGAGCUGAACAGGGAGGUCACCAUCGCACAGUACCAGGAGGAACUUCACAGACUACGCACAGACAGAGAUACACUCUCCACAGAUGUUACUCUUAAAGAAAAGUUGCGUCAGGCUGAGGAGCAGCUCCAUGCCACACGGCAGCAGGCAGCCAUGUUGGGCUCUGAGUUACGUGACGCCUCCGAUGGGCGAGAUCGCACCAUGGCUGAGUUGUACCGUGCCCGUCAAGAAGCUGAAGACCUGCGAGUCAAUUUAGCUGAAGCCCAUGAGGAGUGCAAACAUGCCCAGAAUCAGCUGGAUUGGAUGAGGAGUGAGGCGUCACAGGAAAUGGGCAGGGCUGGUGGGGGAGUGGCCGCUGUCUCUGAGCUGGAGGUGGAGCUCCAAAAGGAGGUAGAGGAACUGAAGCUGCGUUUGAAUAUGGCUGCAGAGCACUACAAAGAGAAAUACAGAGAGUGCCAACGUCUCCGAAGACAAGUCACCAAACUAACCCAGCAACAGGAGGACUCUAACAGGAAUCAUGCAUCUACAGAGACCACACAGGAAUUACACACCCCAGAUGCAGUGACACCUCCCACAGAUCAAUGUCCUGCAGAUGUAAACCCUGUGGUGCAGAGAGAUGCAAGGAGAACGAGGGAUGAAAAUGGACCUGGACAGGAGGAGGGGGAUGAGGAGCAAGAUGAAGAGGAGGAGGAAGAAGAGUGCAGUGUGUCAAUAGAGGCUAAGCUUGCAUGCAUGGAGGAGAAAUGGAGAGAGCAGUGCACAAUCAAUGAAAACCUAAAGCUCCUCCUUUCCAGUGAGGGGAAAAUGUAUAAAGCUCAGGUGGCAGAUAAGGACAAAGAAGUUUCUGCACUGAGAGAGAGUCUUGUGGUGGUUACCAGAGAGAAGGAGAGACUGGAAGAGGAGUUGCGGCAGUGUAUGCACAGAGCGCCUGUGGCUGCUGGAAGUCGGAGGUCAGGGGUCAGAGAACCAGUGGUGUUGCGUUACCCACUGCCAUACCCACAAGACCCCCCUCCUCUUCCACUUGUACCACAACAACCUGCUGAACUGCAGUAUGGAAACCCCUAUUCAGAGCAAGAGACUCUGGACAGAGCAGAUGAUGCGUUAUCCCCUGAACAAACCUGCCGGCUGCCUCCCUUGGCUCCACCACCCUGGGGUGGUCCUGUGGUCUGCAGCCAGCCUUCACGGAGUCUCAGCCCCCCUGAUGGCCUUGAGAACCCAGCUGAGGAGCGGCCUAAUGGAGGUGAUGGUGAGGCCCCUGCAGUCUGUGAACAUCAGAGCCUUGAAUCCAAUGAGAGCCACACCAGCUUCUGCUUUGACACUAGAGCUGACGUUCACAAGCGUUGUCCUCUUUGUGAGGUGAUCUUUCCUCCACAUUUUGAACAGAGCAGUUUCGAGCGACAUGUGGAGUCACACUGGAGGGUGUGCCCUGUCUGCAGCGAGCAGUUUCCUCUGGACUGCCAACAACAGCUCUACGAGAAGCAUGUGCAUACACACUUUGAUAGCAAUGUUCUCAACUUUGACCACAUUGAUUAGAGAGAAAUAAAAAUGUGUGCAGUCUCUUGCUGCUUUUAGUUAAAUAUAAAAUGCCUCAGGAGAUGAAGGGGCUUCAGUGUUUUGUCUGACCUACAUUAAUGAUAUAAUUUAGUGUAACAGCUGCACAACUUGUGCCAGGACGAUUACCAAUCAGAAUCUAUGAUUUGCACAUAGAGGAGCAUUAUACAGAUAUUUAAACUUCAAAAGGUGAGAAAAGAGUACUGUGAUAUUGUUCUUCAGGUGUAAUAGAGAUGUAAAAAAAAAUAAUAAUUUAAAAGCACUUUAGUUUUAAGUUAUUUUUACUAGUGUUAAGCUGAUUGCGCUUUAAAAUGAGAGUUAAAGGCUUUAGGUUGAUGUACAUGAACUUGUUUGUGAAAAUUAAGACUUUAUUUUUAAAGUUGCAAUUAUGACCAAUGAUGCAAUUAUGUGUCACUUUAGUUGGCCAAAACAAAUUGGCUAUCAUUAAUAAACGGAAGUCAAACUCUUGGUCACUAGACAGACUCUUAAGUGACUAUAAAAUUGCUAUCUCAGAAACACCUUUUUGGUGCUGCAUUAAUACAUACAUUUAAAGGGAUAGUUCACCCUCAGUCCCUAUUUACUUGUAAGAAAAAGUCAUACAGGUUUAGAAUAUGGUGAGUAAAUGAUAACAUGAUUUUCAUUUUGUGUGAAGUAUCCUUUUAAAUUUAUAGCCAGAUUGACCAAGUGAUUGAAUCUUAAGUCGCUGUGUUAUAAUUAUAACUGAAUUUGGCAGCAACUUUUCAAAGCAUCAUUGGUUCAGACAUCUUACGUUGAACAAUUAAACAUUACCAUACAUGUACUGGUUUCAGCAUUAUAUAUACCGUACACACACAUCAAAUUUUACUAAUGACAUACAGUGCACAGACUUGAUAACAAUCACGGUUGCUGCUUGAAAUCAAUUUAUCAACAUAGAUGAUGCUACUCUCUGUAAAUGUGACAGGAAGUGUAACUUAGGAUUGCUCCGUGUUUGUAUGUGUCAAGUGUAUGUUUAUUAAUAAAGAAUGCUACUGCUCCAGUUCAUAAAAUCAAAUAUUUGUCCUUGGUAAUGGUCAUUAAACGUCAACUUACGUAAACUAGGUUUUUUACACCUUUUAAACCAUCCAUUACCUUUCCAGUCGGAUGUUACCAAGUAUUGAAUUACAUUUUUCUUCUACAAUUUAAAAUAUUUUAUUUAUAUAAAUUAUUUUUCAAUUUAAAAUAAAUUGUA